AUGGCAUGCCGGUUCCCCGCGCGAGCUAAAGCAAAUCGUCGAGGAAUUAUCCGGUUUAUCACAUCUUUGACGAUGGGAACUCAAGCAAGACCUCUGGUGGCUCGUACUCCCAUAAUCGAACUCCCGGCUGAACUUCAGAAAACGAUUAAGGAAGCUUCAAAAGACUUUGAAGUGAUAAAUAUCGAGUUGGAUCAAAUCACGAAAGAAAUGGCCCGCAGAGUCGAAGGAUUGUUACUCUACACUCCGGCUUAUUUACCAGUUAAUUCAAAGGUGAUGGGUUAUUUUCCUAAUCUCAAAGUUAUCAGCAACUGUGGAGUUGGUAUUAACCACAUCGAUACAGCAGCCGCUACUGAACGUGGAAUUGCCGUCGGGAACACACCAGAUGUUGUUACUGAUUGUUCAGCCGAUUUGGCAUUCUCCCUUUUGUUGGCUUCUGCUCGAAACGUCGUAGAAGGAGACAGGAUUGCAAAAAGUCCAGAAACAAAAGAGGUAAUUUUGCUAUAAUAUAAAGUCAAAGAAACGGUUGCGUUGUAUUUGAGAAAAUGUUUUAAUUUGUUUUGCAUGUUUGCGCGGUCGUUUUGAGGCUACAGUUUACAGUCAAACCGGGUCAAGCGUACGCCCCAAGAUUCCAUUAAUGAAUUUAUUUUUCCAAAGUUUAAUCCGUUGGUAGACGUAAAUUUCAGGUUCAUCUCUGCAUUCUUGCAUGCGUAAUGAGCCGUGAAUUCACACGCGAAGCAGUUAUAUUAAAAUUUCUACCACCUCAGUUUCCCUGAAUUCGACGUAAAUGCCUCCGAAGCAAUUUUAUCCCUGCAAAGAUUUUCAAUCUGACCAAAUACUGAGAAGUUCUUGUAAAAUAUUCACUUCUCAUUACUCAUGUAGGAAUGCCAAUUUGAAUUUGACACCAGUUACGGGAACAACUAAAGGUUUCAAUUCUCCAAUAAUCAAUUCAUUAAUACAAUUUUGGGGGGAUGCGCUUGACCCGCCUUGACUGUAACUUGUCAAUGAUCUAUGACACCCACUGUAUUGUGUGACUGCUUUUAAAAUUUACAUGUGUGUUUUGAAAAUAGUACUAAAUACCAACCAAGACACAGACAGGAUUGCGACCAUGACAGCCUUUAUUACAACACGUAAAUAGGUAAUCACUCAAUAUAGGCACAAUUUUAAAAUGACACAGCAAAACUAGUUACACUCAAAUGGAACAAACAAAGGUAUACGUCAUAAUUUGUAAAAAGAGAACGACUGUCACGCAUAAAGUAAAGCAUGAAGUAACUUGAGAUCAGGCAUUCUCUCUAACAGCUCACAAGUUUGUGCUCACUGCGGCCAGAUUUUGGCCGCAACGCUGAUUGGCUGUUAGAACAAUGCCACAAGAUCUGAUUGGCUCUUGGAAUCAACGGAAGUUAUAAAAAGCGCUUAUUCUUCGCGUGGUUGUUCGGGAAUGAUCAGCCGUAUGCGGAGAGAAGGAUCGAUUUUGCUGUCUUUUCCAUUGUUUUAUGUUCUUAUGGUAGGAAAAUGUGCCUUAAUAUGUGCCACGGAAAUUCAGAAAAAUUCAGAUGGUUGUUCAUAUCUUCUCAGGAUUUGCUUUAUUUACGGAACUAAUGUGAGUGUAUCGCAGAGUUGAAUCCCUCUGCCAGUUGUUGACCGCGAACAAUGUGUAGAAUGUGCCUUUUGAUUUACCAACAAACGAGUGCAAAUCAAAAUACUGUCCAUCUUAAAACUGGUUUCAUUUGAAAGUUUACCCUGGAAUGACUUUUCUGAACGGGGUACGCAAGCGGAGGCUCACUUCGAAAGAAACCUCAAUCGCCAACUGUGAAGUAUUAGACAAAAAAUAUCGCAUCGCUGUACAUGUUCAAGGAAUUUUUUGUAGGCAUUAUUAUAAGCUAGUGGCGCUAGUCUUAAGGUAACAGACUUGUUGUUUGCCUUCGCUUUUUGUAAAAAAUAAACCAGGAAAACCGGUGUCCUCGCUCGUUGGCUGUUUGCUGUUUGUUGAUUUCGAUUAAUUUAACCUGCAGUGUCACACCACUAAAGAGAACUCUAAAGUGUGUUUGUAAUAUUGUUUUUCGUUUUGUUUAUAGGUCAGUUGAGCAUGCAUUUUAGUAGAGUCGUUUCGUCUUCCCAAAUUGGCAGAUAAUAUUUACCUGGAUGUGUAAAAAAUAUAUUUUUUAGACGUUUGUUUCUCUAGUCAAUUCGCAAAUUGCAAGUGUACUCACGGGACUAAAUCAGCUAAAUUAAAUGCACUUGAAAAUUCGUUUGGUUUGUUCUGAGAUAAUUUAUAUAAUCAGGCUUUGAAAAAGUUUGCGAUUCUUUUCUCCAAGAUUUUUAAAGAUUUGUGUACUGAAAAUCGGGCAAAAUUGCCGUGGAAAAUACAAAGGCAACAGAAAAAUAUAAAUUUCAGUAUUUUAAAUUCGAGCGCGCCUAGCCAAAAUAUUAAAACUAGAACAUCGUGUCGCCGUCUUUUCGAAAACGUUUCACCUUCUACGCCAACAGAAAUAACCUUCAAGAUCUCCUUUAAUCUCGUAUGAAGUUAAAUGUGAUUGUGCUGACUGUUUUAUCUUUAGUUAAAAAAUUAAAAGGUAAAAGCUCUUUCUUAAGUCAGCGAGUCUACAGUUUUCCCGCGUAUGAAAAAUUUGUAUACUAAAGCAAAGAUUUACUUUUUGUUUACCUUCAACCUAGUGUAAAAAAGAAUUCGUAAAACCUCGCUAUUUUGACUUUACAAUGAAUAUACAACUAAAAACUACCCAGGGAGGGUAGAGUGGAAAAACUAGUAAAUGCCAGCUACUUAUGACUGUUUGCUAGCCGGGCUAUCUUGCAAGUGAGUUUAUAAGAUGCUAGGCCCUGAAUUUAUACAAGCGUGCUUGUACUUUUACUGGCAUUGAGUACAAAAGCUGAUCGUAAAAACACUGGAUACUUCGUGACGAGUAAAAUAUAACCUGAUAUGCCAGACGGAAUAGUACUCAGUCUAUGUAAAACUUGUACUAAGGUUAAGGCUGUCUUAGUCCCAGUACCCCAUGUUUGAUAUUUAAUUAGAAGAACAUCACCAACCUGAUGCCAACUGAAAAUAUAACCACGAGUUUCUAGUUUUCAGAAUGAUUUCAUUAAAAUAAUUUUAGGUUUUGGUUUCAUCACCGUCUUUUUUUUCUUACAUUGCAAACUUAAUUUGUAAAUUUGCUGGAAGAUUUAUUUAAUAGGCAUAGGAUGCUAUGACGAAUUAUGACUGCAGAAUUUUAAACAAGAUACUAUAUGAGGAGCUCCAGGCAUAAUGUCGGUAUAAUGCUAAUAUUUUCUUUGCAAACUCAUAUCAAAGACUGUAGCUUGGAUGAUUAUUUAGUUGCUGCGAGAGGGAAUCAAGGAGAAUGACCGCUUCAGCCGAGCAUAAUUUUAAGCAUAAUAUCAUGGUUUGACGGGUUAGGCUGAAAAGAAUAAAAUUCGAUUUCACGAGCAUAAUCCGUGAGGAUUGAGAAAUGACAACUCAAAAAAAGCUUAUACGAAUGACAAUGUAAUUGACAUUUGGCACCAAAGCAAAGAUGCUCAACCCUUUAAGCCCUAGGAGUGAUCAGCAUCAAAUUUCUCCUCGUGAUAUCAAUGCUUUGUAAAACAGAGUGGUCAUGAGAAUUACAGACAUGAUCACACAAGAUGAAUUUGCUUAAUUUUUAUCAAGUUCACCCCACUGCUUCUGUAGGAAAUGAAUAGGGGCAACAAAUGAGAAUUCAAAUUUUGAUCUUAGGGUUUAAAGGGUUAAGUGGCAAAGCAAACUCUUUCCCGGGGACCGCUGGACCCUGGGAAGAGUCUCUUUUAUCAAAGAACUGACGAAUAUUUUUUUACGAUUAUAACUCGUAAUGAAUAUACUAACAAUAAUUUUAUAUUUUUUGAACUGGUGGAUGGACCUUAUCAUCUUUUUUCCUGGGUAAAUUGCUACAAGUUCAACUGUACAAUACGAUGCACCCGAUAUCGAAGAGUGCAGGGUUCGAAUCCCGGCAAGCCUGAAUUUUUUUAGGGCUUUCUUUUAGCAACUGCAUGAGUUGCGUCUUCAGUUGCAUUGAUCUUUCCAUCUAUAUAUUUAGUUUAUAUGGAUACGUUUUUUUUUUAAUUUAAAUAGUUUCUUCAUUUGCAUGGCUAUUUUGGAAGUAAAGUUAGUGGAUCAACCAUUGGCAUUGUUGGCUUGGGAAGAAUUGGUAGCGCUGUGGCAAAACGGGCAAACGGCUUUGGAAUGAAAGUUCUUUAUCACAACAGAAACAGGCGUAAAGCAGAUGACGAGAAAAAACUUGGUAAGAUACUUUGUUCGUGUACAAGAUGCUCCCCUUUUGAGUACAUCUUCAAUCGUUCAAUCCGCUACCCUUUUUAAAGCAAGAACCUGAUUCAUUUCGUUUCGCAUACAGAAUUGUGUUCUGGAAUAUCCAGUAAGCAUGGAAUUAGAUUUCUAUUCCUUAUGUACUUACUUUGUCAAAUGUAGGCGAACCCAAAUGGAGUUGAAUUCCAAGGGACCAUAUCCAAGUUCAAGAGCGAAAAGAAGAAUAAAUUUCGUUGUUGCUUGUUUACGUUAUCCAUAAAACGCAAAAUUAGGCAUCUUCACGUCGUAGUCUUGCAAAAAUGGCAAAGAAAUGCAAAAAUAGAAGCGUGAUGCACGGGCAAAGUUGUUGUUUUGCUUAUUAACCCUAUUGUUUUGUUGAAGUUCUCGUUGCCGUCUUGUCGUUGGAUAUUCGUAGUCAUCACGUGGACGCGCAUGCUCGAUGGAAAAGCAAACGGUUACUCGCAGUGGUUUCUUUCCCAUCGAAGCGUAGCGUCCGGCCUGGAGAAACCACUGCUCGCAGGGUAGUUAUCGGAAGUCGACUGUAGUAAAUUGUAAACCCUGUUUUAAAUUCAAGACCGGCCUGAAAACCACAUCCCGUUAAGCGGUUCUUCAACCGAAUCGGAGCAGAGGAAAAAUAUUCUGAUAAUCUACCUUACUUUCCAGAUGCCCAUUUUUGCACCACUUUGUCAGAUCUGUUACCUCAGUCAGAUUUUGUAGUACNAAGCAUGGAAUUAGAUUUCUAUUCCUUAUGUACUUACUUUGUCAAAUGUAGGCGAACCCAAAUGGAGUUGAAUUCCAAGGGACCAUAUCCAAGUUCAAGAGCGAAAAGAAGAAUAAAUUUCGUUGUUGCUUGUUUACGUUAUCCAUAAAACGCAAAAUUAGGCAUCUUCACGUCGUAGUCUUGCAAAAAUGGCAAAGAAAUGCAAAAAUAGAAGCGUGAUGCACGGGCAAAGUUGUUGUUUUGCUUAUUAACCCUAUUGUUUUGUUGAAGUUCUCGUUGCCGUCUUGUCGUUGGAUAUUCGUAGUCAUCACGUGGACGCGCAUGCUCGAUGGAAAAGCAAACGGUUACUCGCAGUGGUUUCUUUCCCAUCGAAGCGUAGCGUCCGGCCUGGAGAAACCACUGCUCGCAGGGUAGUUAUCGGAAGUCGACUGUAGUAAAUUGUAAACCCUGUUUUAAAUUCAAGACCGGCCUGAAAACCACAUCCCGUUAAGCGGUUCUUCAACCGAAUCGGAGCAGAGGAAAAAUAUUCUGAUAAUCUACCUUACUUUCCAGAUGCCCAUUUUUGCACCACUUUGUCAGAUCUGUUACCUCAGUCAGAUUUUGUAGUACUAUGUACACCGCUUACAUCUGAAACGAGACACUUAAUAGCAGCAAAGGAGCUGUCCCUAAUGAAACCAACAGCAACAUUGGUUAAUAUUGCACGUGGAGGAGUUGUUAAUCACGAAGACUUGACUGACGCAUUGAAGAAUGGAGUGAUAAGAGCCGCAGCGCUGGACGUGACAGAACCAGAGCCUCUGCCGAGAGAUCAUCCAUUGUUGAAAAUGGCGAACGUUACUUUGACGCCACACUUUGGAUCAGCAACUGCAAACACGAGAAUGAAAAUGAUGGAGCUGGCUGUGAUGAAUUUACGCGCUGGCUUAAAUGGCGAGCAGCUACCUUUUGGGGUCAAUUGA